CCCAAGGGAGUCGUCGGCUUUGACGACAUCUGCCUCGGCUGCUACGAGAAGGAAGCGCUCAAGACGCAGGUGCCGAACGACGCUGUUGAGGCGCCGGCAGCGCUGACGAAGCGACUGCGCGCACUUGCGGAUCCGAAUGCACCGCCACCGGUCGUCGUCUACUGCGACAACCGCUAUUCCCAGUUGAAGCGCGGCCUCUCCAAGGAGGAUGCUGAAAUUGUCAACAGACUUGCCAAGUUGCAGGAGGGAAGGACGACGACGAGGAGUCAAGUAACGGAUGACAUGAUUGCCGAGCGUUUGCAGAGAUUGCGCUCUGCAACCCCAAGUGAUUGUGACCACGAAAGCGACAUACCCCUGUCCAACAAACGACAGCCUGCGCCCAUGUUACCAGAAACCGCCGAGGAUUUGAUCAAACGCGUGACGGAAGAGGUCAACAUUGUUGCUUCUUGCCAGCAGAAAGCCAAGGACCAUGUGGAGGAUAUUGCCAAACGAUUGCGACAGCUUGGACGUGAUGAUGUGGGCGAGAACGUCGACGGCGAUUCUCGGAGUUGUCGGACGAGUGAUAGUGGUGCGAUUGAUUCCCUGAUCUUGGACAAGGAUGUAGAGGCUGUGGCUGCCAGG